GCGAGCCGCCAUUUCGCCGGCAGCGUGGGGGCAGCCGCCCGCGGUGACUUUGCGGCAUGGAGAGCGGCUUCGGCUCCGACUUCGGCUCCGACUUCGGCUCCGGGGGUGGCGGUGGCGGGAAGCUGGACCCGGGGCUCAUCAUGGAGCAGGUGAAGGUGCAGAUCGCCGUGGCCAACGCACAGGAGCUCUUGCAGCGCAUGACGGACAAGUGCUUUCGGAAGUGCAUCGGGAAGCCCGGCGGCGCCCUCGACAACUCGGAGCAGAAGUGCAUCGCCAUGUGCAUGGACCGGUACAUGGACGCCUGGAACACGGUUUCCCGAGCCUACAACUCUCGGCUGCAGCGGGAGAGAGCCAACAUGUGAUGCGCCCCGGCUCCUUGGACCGGGGAGGGACCAUCUGGGGAAGAGACGAGCGGCCAGUCCAGGUGGUUGGGAUGAAAUCCUGCUGCCUUUCCAGCCCCUGCCGUGGCAGAGCAAUAAACCCUCGCUGAACCUUUUGCAUCCAUUGGCUUUUAUUAGCACCAGCCCCAGGAGCGAGUGAAUUUUCCAGCCUUGAGAGCCACCGUGAGCUGCUUGGUUUGCUUCAUGCCCUUCCCCACGGUCCGGACUGGCCAAGGCAUAUAGCAGCUUAUUAAUGCCUGUUGAAAGGGCUGCGAGAGGCAAGGAGCCUUCUGUGGAAAAGGGGGGCCAAGUCAGCAACACAGUCCCCUUGCCCAGGAAGCAAGCAUGGACCCAGCCAUCAGGUAGUUACCCAGUCCCUUUUCAUCAGUGGAAGAGCAGCCGUAAGAUGCUCCACGUGCCACACUUGGCUCUUUCUUCCCUUGUAUUUGUAUAGCUGUGUGUUGGGCUCACCUUUGGGGUCGCCGGCUUUGACUCAGCUCGAGCAGUGUGUUGGGGGCGGGGGUGCUCUUACUAGGUUUGCAGCACAGCCUUGCAAAUAGUUGUACAAGUACAGCUGGGGAUGAAAAGGGUUGGGAAGUACUUAGGUUGAUUUCUUUAUAGAAUAAAACGUGUUUUGUGGCUGUGAUGUUCUGUAACUUCUGGUUUGGCUCUGGCACAGACGUUCCAUCUUGCAGCCUACCUUCUAGGCCUCGUUUUUUUGAGGAAGGAGCACUUCUGCAACAGAGGACUUGGGUCUGCUUUGGGGCUGAGCUUUGUAUUGUUCUCAGCUUACACACCUCUCCUGGAAAGGUCAGUUUAUGCUGUGUCAGCAGUGUGUACAGCAGCUGGAAGAGGAGAGUGUUGGAGGUUAAAAGCACCCAUGCCCCUCUAGUGAGAUUUUUGAAAUCCCUUCUUUUGAAGCUCUUCUAUGUUUUAUAAAAUAUUUCACUGUUUGCUGGGGCAGGGAGAGAGACUGGAAGGACAGUGUCUCCUUACCUGCUAGGACAUUCAAAGGGAUGUGGGAGAACCUGAUUUCAUUUAAUCUCCCAAUGUGGUAGCCUCUAUGAAGGGACUAAAGUGUUCUCACACAAGGUAAACUAUUAGGA